ACCAAUCACAGGCUGCGGAAUCCGGUAUAUAUACUACGUCACUUCCUCCCAACGCCCUCUUUUUCACCGUGUGGUCAGAUUUCCAUACGGCGUUGUUUCGUGCUCUCCCAUAAAGCGUAACUCAGGGAAAGCGGUCACGAUGUCCGGAGGUCUAGAUGUCCUUCAAAUGAAGGAGGAGGAUGUGCUGAAGUUCCUGGCAGCAGGGACCCAUCUGGGAGGUACCAACUUGGACUUCCAGAUGGAUCAGUACGUGUACAAGAGGAAAAGUGACGGUGUUUACAUUGUCAACCUGAAGAGGACAUGGGAGAAGCUGCUGCUUGCUGCCAGGGCUAUUGUUGCCAUUGAAAACCCAGCUGAUGUGUGUGUCAUCUCCUCCAGGAACACUGGACAGAGGGCAGUGCUGAAGUUCGCCUCUGCCACUGGCGCCACCACCUUCCACGGUCGGUUCACCCCCGGUACAUUCACCAAUCAGAUCCAGGCAGCUUUCCGCGAGCCCCGUCUCCUGAUUGUGACAGACCCUCGUGCUGACCAUCAGCCACUGACUGAGGCUUCCUACGUCAACAUCCCUUCCAUCGCUCUGUGCAACACUGACUCUCCACUGAGAUAUGUUGACAUUGCUAUCCCCUGUAACAACAAGGGUCACCACUCUGUUGGUCUGAUGUGGUGGAUGUUGGCCAGGGAGGUUCUCAGGAUGAGGGGAACUAUCUCCAGGGAGCACACAUGGGAGGUUAUGCCCGAUCUGUACUUCUACAGAGAUCCUGAGGAGAUCGAGAAGGAGGAGCAGGCCGCCGCCGAGAAGGCAGUCGGUAAGGAGGAGUUCCAGGGUGAAUGGAGCGCUCCUGCAGCCGAGUUCACCCAGCCCGAGGUGGCCGACUGGUCUGAUGGUGUUGCUGUGCCAUCUGUGCCCAUCCAGCAGUUCCCUGCUGAAGCGGCUGCACCAGCUGUUAAGACAGAAGACUGGAGCACCCAGCCGGCCACAGAAGACUGGUCCACAGCCCCCACCGCCCAGGCAUCUGACUGGGGUGGUGCGACUUCUGACUGGGCUUAAAUUGUUGACUUUGGCAACAAUAAAGUGUUUUCACACUU